UUCAGCGGCGCUGUGGGUGAGAGGGGGUGUGUUCGGAUCCCGCUGGAGGAGCCAGUAACACCGAGGAUGCGUCAGGGAGCAUGACUGCUGCCGGAAAGGGGCAUGACAUGAUCUGUCAGAGGGCAGUGUCUCUCAUAGUUGACCUCUGUACACAGGGCAGCCCACGGCUGGACCACAACACCUGUGAGGAGUUCCUCUUUCUCAAGUCCAAUCAAGAGUACAACCACAAGGAUACGGACAUCGCUGUUGGCUUCCCCAUCGGUGUGAUAAUAGCGUGUGGCUUGGCGCUGCUGUUGCUCGCUGCAUUCGUCUCCUGGAAGCUGUGCUGGGUCCCCUGGAGGAGCAAAGCCCUCUCGUCAAGUUCUGCAGCCCUUGCCCCUGACGACUGCCCCUCAUUUCAUUUACCAUCUCUUCUGCCCAGUCCUCAGCCGUCUGAGGUCACUAUGGCGACUGACAAGGAAAAGUAUCCUAUGGCGUCAAUGGGCUUCCUGGAGGCAGCUGUUAAAAUAAGUCACACCUCUCCCGACAUCCCUGCCGAGGUGCAGCUCUCCAUGCGGGAACACUUCUUGCGCCGGACGCAGCGCAUGCAAAGACAGACCACAGAGCCAGCGUCAUCCACCAGGCAUAGCUCCUUCAAACGUCACCUUCCCCGUCAAAUGCAGGUCAUGAGUCUGGACCUGGGAGAUGACUAUGAUGUGGAUGAGCAGCCAACCAGCAUUGGCCGUAUCAAGCCUGAACUCUACAAGCAAUUGACCACAGAGAACGAUGAAUCCGGGAAUAGUAAAGGCGGCAAAAACUGUGGCAAAAUCAGCUUUUCCCUCCGCUAUGACUAUGAGAACGAGAUGUUACUUGUCAAGAUACUCAAAGCAUUUGAUCUCCCAGCCAAAGAUCUUUGUGGCAGCUCUGACCCGUAUGUCAAAAUCUACCUGCUGCCAGAUCGGAAGCAGAAGUUCCAGACACGAGUCCAUCGUAAAACACUCAACCCCACAUUUGACGAGUCCUUCCAGUUUCCGGUACCCUAUGAUGAGCUUCCCAUCAGGAAGCUCCAUCUCACUGUUUUCGACUUCGACAGGUUCUCACGGCACGAUAUGAUCGGGGAAGUCAUCCUGGACAAUCUGUUUGAAGAGUCAGAUCUCUCAAGGGAGACCUCCAUCUGGAAAGACAUUCAGUAUGCUACCUCUGAGAGCGUGGACCUUGGGGAGAUUAUGUUCUCGCUCUGCUAUCUACCCACGGCAGGCAGAUUAACACUCACUGUCAUCAAGUGCAGGAACCUAAAGGCAAUGGACAUAACAGGAUACUCAGAUCCUUAUGUGAAAGUAUCCCUCAUUUGUGACGGAAGACGUCUGAAAAAGAAGAAGACCACAACAAAGAAAAACACCCUGAAUCCCACUUAUAAUGAGGCCAUUAUCUUUGACAUCCCUCCCGAGAGCAUGGACCAAGUCAGCUUGCACAUCUCGGUCAUGGACUAUGACCUAGUGGGGCACAAUGAGAUAAUUGGUGUGUGCCGUUUGGGCAGUGGUGCUGAAGGCUUAGGUAGAGACCACUGGAAUGAGAUGCUCGCAUACCCCCGUAAGCCAAUUGCACACUGGCACUCCCUGCUGGAACCUAAGAAAUUAGAAAAAGAGUGGAAAGCUAGAACGGCCAGUUUUGACAGUCAGGGGUCCUGUCCCUCCCCCAAACCUCCUGCCAGCCCUUGAUCAGAGCCAUAUGUAAAACUUCAGGCUUGGCAUCCUCCGUUUGUCACUCUGGUGAAAACGAGAGCCCUGCUAUUUCCAUUUUCUGCUAUGGGUUGUUUUAGAUGGUUCCCAAACACUGAUCUAAGAUCUUUACCCUGAUGUUCCUCAUGUUCCAGUCUGUACAAUCCUCUGUCAAAUCUUUGGGAGUGCUUUACAAACCUCUGUACCUAGAAUAUUCUACAAAGCCAGCGUUGUGUUCUUAGAAUAGCUUGGUAUCGUCAGCAGAGAUGUUUCCUUCCAAUAUGAAUUUUCCCCUAGCAUCUAAAUUCAGAUGCAAUGUUCUGCAAGCGGUCUACAUGCAAACAGAGGUUUCUGCACAACACUGCAAGGCUCUUUGUAGAUGGCUCUGUUCAGAUCUUAAGAUCAGCUAUUGGAAGAACUAAGAAUGGUCAGAAAGAUAAAAUAUUGAGGGAAAGGACAAGUUUGAGUGAGAAAAGGGAAGAGAAUGGAUUUGUCAUGUGCUGUAUACUGAGAACAAACCAUUUUCUCUGUCAAAUCCUUAUGUGAAACCUAUGUGAAGGUACACGUUUUAAGAAGAAUAUUGAAAUAUUUAUCAGUUUAUAGAUGUUAUAUAAAUGUUAUGUGUAAAAAGAGUCUAAAUUUAUCAGAGCACAACACAUUUUUCCUAUCCAUUAAUUUCUUGCCAAAACAAAAUACGGUUUACAUGUAAAGUUCCUGUUCACACACAAAAACACUUCACAUGUAGCUUAAUAAAUUUAUGUGAUCGGCGAAUACAAAAGUGGGCAUUUAAGGAAAAUGUGCUGAAAUAUUCAUAGAGAUCUGAUUUGAUUUAUGUGGGUUUUAUUCACUUUAUGAAACAGCAUUUAAAGAAGUACAGACUGCUUUCAAUAGCCAUUCAACUCCUCUUUGAAUCCUCCUGCUGUUUCUAAUGUUGACAUCUCGUUCAUCUUUUGGCAUGUAAUUUCAUUGUGAGUUAAAUUGGACUGUCCAAUUUAAAGUUUUACGUAUUUUGACAUAUUGUCUGAGAAAAAGUCUUGAGUAAACAAUGUAGGCUCAAAUGUAUCAAAUAUAUUCAUAUUCUGUAUAGUAUAAAAGAGCAGGGAUAACUUUACAACUAAUAUUCAUCUUCAGAUUCAUAUUUUUAUUUGCUUGUUUGAUUUGACAAAAAAAAUUGUGUGGAGAAAACAGGGAUAUUUGAAUUGAUGUGAAUUUAUAUCUAUAUAACAACAUUACAUAACAAUAUUAUUUCUCUUUGAAUUUUGUAUGUCAUAAAUGAUUGAACAAAAUUCAAAACUUUCAUUGCCCGCAAUAUUUUAUUUGUUUAUCCAUGUGGUUUCUAUCUUUUUGUUUUACAUGGUUAUUCAUUCAUAACACAGUUUAACUUGGAAUAUCAAUUGAACAGAGAACCCCUGCUAAAUUAUGAUUACUGUAGUUAAUAUUUCUCCUGUCAUUAAAAAAUCUAAAUAGUGCAGAUUCUGGAAAUGAAUUACAUAAAUGCAUUGAUUCAGAACUUCCUUUAAAAGUCCUGGACAUACAGUAUGUCUCAAAUAAAAAAAGACAGAGAAGUCAAUGUAUGUAUAAAUGCACAGGAGAUGACCCUUGAUAGGACAACCUACUAUGCAGGAAGUUCAUUGUCACAGAUGGUGGGCACAGCUCAAGAUACCAGAACAAUGACUUUACAAUGAUCUUCAUUUAGUUUUGCUGAAAUAUCUUAAAACAUACAUGGUACUUGGGCCCCUUUUUGCAUAAUGCCCUCCAUCAUCUCAUUGGGUAUCUGUUAAGCUUUAAAUAUUUCUAUAUAGUAAAAUAGAUUUAAUAUUUUAACAGAAUCUUAAAAAACAAAAAUCCAAGUUAACUUGUUAAAGAAAUGGUUGUGACAAAAUACAACUUUUUGGUCCUGUUUUUACAAUAUCACCAAUGUUGUAAUACUCAGAUAAAAGUGUUUCUGUAGGUGAAUGUAAAGGUAAUAAGGUUUAGAUCUGGUUCUUUACCUCACUAACUCUUGUGUGCUGGUGUUUUAACAACCUGUUUUUGCCCCCUUGUGAAUCUGAAAAUCUUUCUAAUUUUGUAUUGAUCAUUUGUACAUGCAAUAUAACUUGUAAUGUUUGAAAGAGUUCUUGUAUUUCAAAAAUGCCAAAAUAAAAUGUUGGUUCAGCCA